GGAAAUAUCAAAGUAAGAGAAAAUAAAAAUGGAAUGUGAGUCGAAGGAAGCCUUGUAAAGCAGCACACGCGGCAUUUCUCAGCGCGUCUAUCGGGAAGAAACACAGGGCUACCAGAAGGUGGGAGAUAAAUUAAUAAAGAGGCUGCUUUAUCGUGGCACGAGAACCUCUCCUUGCGGUGAAUUUGUGACAGAUUUGUAGGCAGUCUAGGGAAGAGAACGGAUUGUGUACGUGCACUUAGGUUCUGCUUAUUUCCCCGGCUCAGAGACAUGGAUUACAAUUAAGCCUCUUCUUCAGCUGACUGAAUGCAGGACUGACUACAUUAGGCCCUGCCCAGAGUCCAGGAGCUCAGACAGCCGGGGAGACAGCUGGAGUUGGAGAGAUUGAGGUCCACGGCAGCCUGGGUGUGUCUUUGCUUCUCUUCAGGACGUGAAGACGAGCCAGUGUCCUUGGUGUGCACUCAGAAGUCCUCCUGGAGUUCUCACCCAGACCUUCUGAAGAUGGAGCGGUCUACCCAGGAGCUGUUUAUCAACUUCACAGUUGUCCUGAUCACUGUGCUCCUCAUGUGGCUCCUCGUGAGGUCCUACCAAUACUGAGGGGCCAUGCCACACUCCCGGGAGUGACUGCUGUGUGCCCUGAGCUUCCACUGCUCUGUUGACAUGGGAUGCUGCUCUUGGCUCCUCCAGCACCUCUGAUUCACACUCACAAUGCCUGUCACACCGCUGCACUAGGUCCUUGGAGGGUUUUUAUAAAGAUGCUGCUCUUGUAGGCUGUCCAAAGCUUGCCAGCCGGUGAGCCUGAGGUUUGUUCCCUAGCAAAUGUACUAUUCAAGCCACCAGGUUAAAAAUAAACUGGAUUUUUAUGAUGCAGAGUAACAACAAGCCGCUGGUUUAUGUCUAUACACAUCCCCCAACUUGCUGUCUGCCAUCAGACCCAUCCAACCCUUCGGAAGAAAUGUAGGAGGACGUCUUUGCCAGUCCCUUGAGUUCCAUGUGAAUAAAAUUAAGCCACUCAUAAAAA